AUGUCUGCCUCACCAAGCCCCGUGGCCGCCGUAGCUGCCGUGGCCGCCGCGACGCCGGCGCCGUCCAAAUGGCAGCGCCUGGUGGCGCUGGCGCGGCUGCUCCGUGACCAGCUGAGGAGGUACCGCGAAGUGGCGCCCGUGGCAGGGCUGUUGUAUGCCUUAUGGCAACGGCGACAGUGGCAGUGGCAAGCCUCGCAAGCCGCAAAAGCUGUGCGCGAUCGACACUUUAUGGAACUCUGUACCUUCCUUUUGGUGAACGUGGAUGGCUUGAAGCGCGGUGCGGAUGCCUCCACCACCAUCUCGGUGCAGACGCUCUUCACCCGCACCUUGCGGUCGCUGAUGUUUGACAACGAUGCCUGGGAGUUGUUGGUUGAUUGGUGCGUUGGGGAGCAGAUGGUGGACUUGGUGAGCCAAGCAGCCGAAAAGGCGGUGCCAGCAGCGCCCCUCUUGGAGUUGGGUGGUGAUGGCUGGUUGGUGAUGGCCAACAUCAACGCCCACCUGAUGGAAGCCACUUGUAGCUAUGGCCACGUGGCUGCGGCCUGUGGCAACCCGGUGAACGUGGUGGAGUUCCUUUAUGGCUUGGUCAACGACCGUACCACGACCUCCCGUCAGCAACUUCGGGUCUAUGUGGUUCGAGAGAAGGAUUUGCAGAACCUGCCGGAGUCUCUGGAGCUGGACCUCCGGCGGAGCUCCUUUCGCAGCGCGUUCUCGGUCCUCCAAAGCAUGGCGCGCUCCUACACCGCGCCGCCGCCCGGCUUCCGGCAGCACAACGCACUGAGCAUGACCACCGGGCUGCCGAGUGCCAUGGGAAGGACCUGGCUCACCUUCCCUGAUCCAAGAAUCCGUUUCUGCCGCUUCCCAGCCUUUGGCUCCAGCAUGAUGCGACCCCAGUCGGUGCCCACCAAGACAAAGAAAAAGGACCGCAGCCGCGGCCGCGGCCGACCACGAAGCGUCGGCGCUCCAUUUCCUAAAGGCGGCCUGGACGAUGACGCCUUCUCGGAUGCCAGCGACUUCGAGGCCUUUGAUCGACAGCUGAAGCGCCAGGAUCCCUACGGCCGCUGGGUGGCGGCCAACCGAGAGGAGCGCGGCCACCGGGAACGUUUGGUGAAUAUUCAGGGCGAGUUCUUGAAUCCUGUGGUUGCCCAUCGCAUGCGAGCCAAGAACAACCCCUACAGGAGAAAGACCUUGUACGACCAGCUCAAGGAGAUCACCAAUGCUGAGGAUGCCUGCACCAGGGCCUUGCGCGCGGAUCGGCUGGAGGGAUGGACACGCUCCUCAGAAACCACGGAGGUGCGGCAUGUGCUGAAGAUCGAUGAUGGUUCGAACAAUCGAACUCGUCCGAAGAACGUGAGAAAAUCCGAUGCGGGGGCCGACAUGGUCUUCAUGAUGGACAACGCCGACGUCUUGGAAGAUCCCGUGGGGCGCCUCGUCGAGGUCGGGGAGCGCGCGCAGAGACAUCGGGAAGAACAAGAACGGCGCCAGGAUAUUGAGCACCGUAUGGCCGAGACGCAGGAGAAGUUUGGCAUCCAACGGAUGCAGAUCGUUGAGGAGCAGAAAAAGGUGCCCAGUCCCACUGCAAGGGCCGUGGCACAGAAGAAGAGGGCUACAGAGAUGAUCGUCUUCGAACAACCGGUGUCCUUUGCCAUUGGAGCUUUUGACAAAUGGAUGCGGGGCUACUUGCAACGAUGGGAACUCAUCAAAGUGACCCCAUCUGAAUCUGAAGACCGCCUCCUCAAGUCAAGUUUGUUGAAACAGCGCAGGUCCAAGUCCCAAGUCAAAUCUGUUGGGUUUGAUCUAGGGACCUAGCAGCUUGCUUCGAGAGAGAGAGAGAGGUCUCCGGAAAUUGCGAAUCUGGUAUCCCUAAAGCUACCCGAGCAUCAGUGCGC